AUGGCGCUUGAUAAUUACUUUCGCAACAAGAUAGAGAGCAUGAAGCUCGAGAUAAUCAAGGGACAAGCUGUGUUGAGACGACUGGAGGCACAAAGAAAUGAUUACAAUUCGAGAGUACGGCUGCUACGUGAGGAAUUGGGCCUAUUGCAGCAGCCUGGCUCUUAUGUCGGCGAAGUCGUGAAAGUAAUGUCGACAAAAAAAGUGCUUGUUAAAGUUCAUCCAGAGGGGAAAUAUGUCGUUGAUGUUGCCGAUGGCGUCGAUAUCGCAAAACUAACGGUUGGUAAACGCGUAUCCUUGAUGUCGGACUCAUAUAAACUGGAGAAAAUGCUGCCUUCGUCGGUCGAUCCUCUCGUAUCUCUUAUGAUGGUGGAGAAAGUACCGGAUAGUACGUACGACAUGAUUGGUGGUCUCGAUCAGCAGAUCAAGGAAAUCAAAGAGGUGAUCGAACUUGGGUUGAAACACCCCGAGCUCUUUGAAUCUCUGGGCAUCGCCCAACCGAAAGGUGUUCUGCUAUAUGGCCCUCCAGGAACAGGAAAGACGUUAUUGGCUCGAGCUGUUGCCCAUCACACAGACUGCAAAUUCAUUCGCGUCAGUGGAUCGGAGCUAGUGCAAAAGUAUAUUGGUGAAGGCAGUAGGAUGGUUCGAGAAUUGUUCGUUAUGGCGCGUGAACAUGCGCCAAGCAUUAUUUUUAUGGACGAAAUUGACAGUAUUGGAUCCAGCCGCGUGGAGGGAAGCAGUGGUGGUGAUUCUGAAGUACAGCGAACAAUGUUGGAACUUCUUAAUCAACUGGAUGGUUUUGAGCCAACAAAAAAUAUCAAAGUCAUCAUGGCUACGAAUCGUCUCGAUAUUCUCGACCCUGCCCUCCUUCGACCUGGCCGUAUCGACAGAAAGAUUGAGUUCCCUCCCCCAAGUGUUGAAGCGCGGGCAGAUAUUCUUCGCAUUCACUCUCGAUCGAUGAACUUGACCCGUGGAAUAAAUUUGACGAAGAUAGCAGAGAAAAUGAACGGAUGCUCAGGUGCGGAACUCAAAGGCGUUUGCACUGAAGCAGGCAUGUAUGCCUUGCGAGAGCGGCGUGUCCAUGUUACACAGGAGGACUUCGACCUUGCAACAGCUAAGAUCCUGAACAAGCACGAUGACAAAGAGGUCAGUCUUGGGAAGCUCUGGAAGUAA